AUGUGGAAUUCGAUUCGAACUCGACUACCAUCAUUUAUGUCAUUAAGAUCAAUAUCCAUCAGUUCUAUUCAUGAUUCAAAUGAAUCGACGUCAACAUUAAUGUCACUUAUUUUUCACGAUCUUCUAUUCAUUGUAAAAUCAUUGAAACAUUUGUCUCUUAGCACAUUAUAUGGUCGAAAUGAAACAAUAAGCAUUUCAUCAUCUUCUUUAAUACAAACAUCUGCUAUUGAAUGUUUAACAGUAAUAGGUAUUCAAAUUAAUUUACAUCAAAUUUUUGCUAUUGCGCCUAUGUUACAUCAACUCAACGUCGAAUUGAUUAAUACUCAAUUUUCUGGCAUCAACAUGAUUUUUCAACCAUCUAUUAAUUUACAACGAUUAUCGAUCACUACCAGUCGUGUGACCAUGCUCGAUAUUAAACGUUUUCUUUCACCGAUGACUCGUCUUACUCAUCUUUGUCUUAAUAUCUUUAAUGUGGAAAGUGACAUGAUUAAUGGCCAUGCAUGGAUACCAUUGUUAACUAGAAUUAUCAUAUUUCAGUUCGUAUUUAGUAUUUCAAAUAAAGUCGAUGUCAAUCUUGACUCAUUUCGUACUCGAUUCUGGCUCGAAGAAAAAAAAUGGUAUGUGACAUUUGAUCAAUGGACUGAUACUUCCUCUUCGUUUCUCUAUACAAAUCCAUGCUUUAUAGACUAUUGUUAUCCAUUAUCAUUUAUGAAGAAAACAUUGGUGACAGAAUCAACUGGAUUAGAAUCGACGACAUGUUUGCAUACUAAAUAUCUCGUUUUUAACAUUGAAUUACCAAUGUCAGAAGUACAUUUACGUCGAUUUACUCAUGCUCAUACGUUAAUCGUCGAAAAAGAUCUUAAUAUUUCACUCGAAUACAUCGACCGUUAUAUCAAUUUAUCACGAAUCACUUGUUUCAUACAAGGCGAAUCGGAAACAACCCAAACAAACAGCGAAUUUGUACGAAUUCUUCAUAAUCUUCCACAUUUACGUUCAAUCUGUUUGCACAUUUCGACUCUCAUCUUACUUUUUGAUCGACAUUGGCCGCAAAUCAUCGCUCUCAACAUGAAGUAUGAUUCACAUGGUAGAUUUAAACAGCUAUCAUCAAAUGAAAUUGAUGCACUUUGGCGUUCGUUUAGCCAUCUUGAACGGUUAAAUUUUGAUCGGCGAGGUGUUCGGAAUCUAUCAAGAUUAUUCAAUAAUAUGACGAUAACGUUAUCGAAAGUAUUUAUUCGCCACUAUGGUUAUAUCAAUGAUUUAAAACCUCGAAUAGUUACACGUCAAUGGCUCGAACAAAAUACAAAAUUGUGUCACUUUGACUAUUUUCAAGACAACGAAUGGAAAGUUCAUUUAUGGCUCUAG